UUUAUAAUUUGGUUUCCUCUUGUCAAGGUUUUCCACACGAAUGGGUAUUCAAAAAGCUGACAGCAGAGAUGUUGCUAGUAUCAAGUUACCAUGUGCUGGAUCUCACGACUUUAAUGUGUUUGGUGACUCUGACGUGACGCGGCGGUUGGUAGAGACCAACUUGAGGGACGCCUGGUUCUUCUUCUCCGACCAUAUGAAAGAUCUACAGUCAAGGAACUGGAAAAUGAACCAGUUUGAUUUUCAAGCCGUCAUGAAGAAAGGAGCCGAACGCAUCAAGGUGCUUCAGUUCGACCUGUGGGUGCUAGGUCAGUUAGAUGGUGAAGCCAGCAGGAAAGAGCAAGAGGCCAAAGAGCUGAGUGAUCUGAUGCAGAAUCGGCUCCAUCGUCUGCAGAAUCCUGAAAACUGUGCCACAGCAAAGAAGCUACUUUGUAAUUUGAAUAGGAACUGCGGUUUCGGUUGUGAAAUUCACCACGUUAUUUACUGCUUUAUGGCAGCCUAUGGCACCCAUCGAACUUUAAUCCUCAAAUCUGAUGGUUGGCGUUACACCUCUGAAGAUUGGAGAGCCGUCUUCCUCCCUUUAAGCAACACAUGCACCACCGUCUCGAAUAAAGAUGUUGUCAAGUGGCCAGGAAACAAUAACACGCAGACGGUAGAGUUUCCAAUGCCCGAAGAGCCACAACCAAAACCACAACACAUGCCUCUGGCCAUCCCGAGAGACAUCUCUGAGAGACUGAUACAUCUACAUGGUAACCCAGGCGCUUGGUGGCUCGGCCAGUUCCUCAAGUACAUGUUCAGACUUCAGCCGUACAUGCAAAAGCUUAUUAAAGAGAGCGAAAAAUCCUUUCAUUAUCGGCAUCCCAUUGUUGGCGUUCACGUGAAAAGGACUGAUAAGAUAAAUGAAGCACAGUAUUACCAGCUGGAGGAGUACAUGGAGCAGGUCGAGGAAUACUUCGCUGGUCUGCAAGUGUUCAACCCUAAGGUGACCCGCAGGAUCUACCUGGCCUCGGACGAGCCUCGAGUCUUCGAGGAGGCAAAGAAAAAAUAUCCGCACUACGAAAUUCUUUACAAUAAAAAGAGUCAAGUGGUAAUAAUGGACAAAUUAAAUUCGCUCAGAGACCUAAUAAUGGACAUCUACUUCUUGUCUCGAGCCGACUACAUCGUUGUGACAUUUUCCUCCGAUAUAGGAAGGCUGGUGUACGAGAUCAUGCAGAGCCUGUCUGUCGACUCCUCUAACUGCUUCUACUCCCUGGACACCACCUACUACUUCGACUUCCAGCGACCCAACUUCGUGAAAACCCGCUUCUUCCACCAGCCUGACAGCGGGGCACCCGUACAACCAGGAGAGAAAUUGCAGUUGCUCUCAUGGAGCAGUAACUUCCACCGAGAACUCAGCAGGCAGACUGAGAAGAAGGUGGUAUUGCCUAACUACAAGCUGGAACCUAUAGUCGAUGUUGUUAACGUGUCGUACUACUAAUUUCGACAACAGCUGGGGACCUAGUCUCCACCAACUGCUACGUGUUUUAUCAUGGCCCUCCAACACCUGUCCUCCAGCGCCCGUCUUUCAACACCUGUCCUCUACCAACUGCUCUACACUAUCCCCCAUACAACACCCGUCUUCCCAUGGUAUUAAUAGUUAAUCAUAAUUUUAAAUGUACCGAACAUAUAUGACCUGAGAGCUGUAUGUGUGUCAGGUUUCACCGCAUCUGUCGACGCAUUUUCGUGUGCAAACAGGUACCUGUGCCAAACUUCUUUUAAUAUAAAAAUAAUGAAAUCUCGCUCCUUUGGCAAACUGGAUGUGCGUGUGAGUGUACUUACCUAUAUGAGGGUGCACGGGUCGAUGCACAGCUUCUGGCUCCUACGAGUGUGUGUAGUUGCUUUUUGUCAAAGUUACUAGUGUAGUUACUAGUGUAGUUACUAGUUGUCAAAGGCACUUGUCGAUAUACACUUGGCCUGGUGGUGGUGGUGUGCUCACCUAGUUGUGCUCACCUAGUAGUGGUUGCAGGGCCGAGUCAUAGCUCCUGGGCCCGCCUCUUCACUGGCCUCUACUGGGUCACUCCCCCCGCAUCAUGAGCUUUAUCAUACCUCUGCUUAAAGCUGUGAAUGGAUCCUGCCUCCACUACAUCGCUUCCCAAACUAUUCCACUUCCUGACUACUCUGUGACUGAAGAAAUACUUCCUUACAUCCCUGUGAUUCAUCUGUGUCUUCAAUUUCCAACUGUGUCCCCUUGUUGCUGUGUCCCAUCUCUGGAACAUUCUGUCUCUGUCCACAUUGUCAAUUCCUCUCAGUAUUUUAUAUGUCGUUAUCAUGUCCCCCCUAUCUGUUUUGUCCUCCAGUGUCGUCAGGUCGAUUUCCCUUAACCUCUCCUCGUAGGACAUAGCCCUUAGCUGUGGGACUAGUCUUGUCGCAAACCUUUGAACUUUCUCUAGUUUCUUUACGUUCUUGGCUAGAUGUGGGUUCCAGACUGGUGCCGUAUACUCCAAUAUGGGCCUAACAUACACAGUGUACAGGGUCCUGAACGAUUCCUUAUUAAGAUGUCGGAAUGCUGUUCUGAGGUUUGCUAGGCGCCCAUAUGCUGCAGCAGUUAUUUGGUUGAUGUGCGCCUCAGGAGAUGUGCCUGGUGUUAUACUCACCCCAAGAUCUUUUUCCUUGAGUGAGGUUUGCAGUCUCUGUCCCCCUAGACUGUACUCCGUCUGCGGUCUUCUUUGCCCUUCCCCAAUCUUCAUGACUUUGUCCUUGGUGGGGUUGAACUCCAGGAGCUAAUUGCUGGACCAGGUCUGCAGCCUGUCCAGAUCCCUUUGUAGUUCUGCCUGAUCAUCGUCCGAUUGAAUUCUUCUCAUCCACUUCACAUCAUCUGCAAACAGGGACACUUCCAAGUCUAUUCCUUCCGUCAUGUCGUUCACAAAUACCAGAAACAGCACUGGUCCUAGUACUGACCCCUGUGGAACCCCACUCGUCACAGGUGCCCACUCUUACACCUCGCCACGUACCAUGACUCGCUGCUGUCUUCCAGACAAGUAUUCCCUGAUCCAUUAUAGUGCCUUCCAUGUUAUCCCUGCCUGGUCCUCCAGUUUUUGCACUAAUUUCAUGUGUGGAACUGUCUCAAACGCCUUUUUACAGUCCAAGAAAAUGCAAUCCACCCACCCCUCUCUCUCUUGUCUUACUGCUGUCACCCUGUCAUAGAACUCCAGUAGGUUUGUGACACAGGAUUUCCCAGCCCUGAAACCGUGUUGGCUGUUGCUGAUAAGUUUAUUUCUUUCUAGGUGUUCCACCACUCUUCUCCUGAUAAUCUCCAUGACUUUGCUUACUAUACAUGUAAGUGACACUGGUCUAUAGUUUAGUACUUCUUGUCUGUCCCCUUUUUUAAAAAUUGGGACUACAUUUACUGUCUUCCAUACCUCAGAUAAUCUCCCUGUUUCGAUAGAUGUUUUAAAUAUUGUUUUGUUAGGGGUACAAAUAGCACCUCUGCACCCUCUCUCUGGACCCACGGAGAGAUGUUAUCCGGCCCCAUCGCCUUUGAGGCGUCUAGCUCGCCCAGAAGCCUCUUCACUUCUUUCUCGGUUGUAUGUAUUGUGUCCAGCACUUGGUAGUGUACCCCACCUCUCCGUCUUUCUGGAGUCCCUUCUGUCUCCUCUGUGAACACUUCUUUGAAUCUCAUGUUGAGUUCCUCACAUACUUUGCGGUGGUUUCUUAUGAUCUCUCCUUCUUCCUUCUUCAGCCUGAUUACCUGGCCCUUGACUGUUGUUUUCCUCCUGAUGUGGCUGUACAACAGCUUUGUGUAUGUGUGUGUGUGUGUGUGUGUGUGUGUGUGUGUGUGUGUGUGUGUGUGUGUGUGUGUGUGUGUGUGUGUGUGUGUGUGUGUGUGUGUGUGUGUGUGCCGUAUUAAGGUAGACCCCUUAAGAAUGAAUAUGAGUGACAGGUUAUGUUCGUAAUUUUUCCCAAGAGUAAUCGCCAAGGCUGAGUGACUGAUUAACCUAAUCUUCUGUAUAUAGUUUACAUUCUUCACAUUAUGUCCAUGUUUUAUAUUGAUAAAGCCACUGAAUGGCGAAAAGUCUACAAAUAAAGAUACCCAGAUGUUGCACAUGUAUCUAAUUCUUCAUCAUGAGAGGUCAGUGUGAACAUGAAUGUGUCUUGUACCUGAGGUAUUAUGUUCUCUCCAGGAUUAUUUAUUUCAUAGAUUAUGUUCAUCAAACCAUCAGUACUUAUAAGGUUCGUCAGGAACAAGGACAAGUGUUUUCUGACACGGGUUUUAGUUAUAUGAUGACCCGUAGCUGGAGCUUUUGGUCAUCUGGCCGAGGCCUUCCUCUGGCUUAUCGGUCCACCCUUUUAAAAACAAUGAUUAUGAUUUCAACCAUUUAUCUACUAUCAGUAGUGAGUUUCUCCCCGUUUAAAAUUAGGAGAUCAGUGAGGUAUUUAUAAAUUAAUAAUUGCUUGUUAGGAACUUUGCAUAAUUGGAGAACCUCUUUCUACUACAGUGUUUAUUUGUAUUAAAAAAUAAAUAAAUUUUAAUUUAAAAA